AUGUCUGAUAAUCCGGCUGCAAGAAAGCCAUCUGUCGCCAAGAGGAAAUCUUUGCUGUCAGAGCUGGGCAUACAAGCUGGGGGAGCAGCACCUGGCUCUACUACAGCCACUACAAAGCCAGCAACAACAUCUCCUCCUUCCACUCUUGGCAGAAAGACAUCGAUGAAUAACAAGCCAUCCUCACCUUCAGUCUCCAGAACCCGGAACUUGACUUCAAGUCCCAGUCCACCUACAGCUACUCGGAAAAAGGUCGCUCCUUCUUCCAUCAAGGUGGAUCGUACCGCUAAUGUGAAUGGUGCAGCAAAGUCACCUACCUCGCCAAACCCAAAGCGCAGAUCGUCCAUUGUGCCAACCGCUUCCAACACCAGAGCAUCCAUGUCACCACUUGCUCGAAGAGCGUCUGUCAAUGUCAGUCAUUCAUCAUCCGGUUCAGCCAUGAGCAACAAGAGGCUAUCGACGCCCGCUGGUCUGGAGUCAUUGGCAGAAGUCCAAACGAUCAAAGACCAACUUGCCGAGAAAGACAAGGAGAUCCAGAGUUUGAAAGAGAGUGCAUCGAAAUUAAAGAUUCAGACUCAAGAAGAAAUUUCCAUUCUUGAAGCCCAAGUGCAAGCACUCAAAGACCAACUUCAAUCGAAUGCUGAAACGGAGAUCAAUAAUGACGACAAUGAGCGUGUUAAGGAGGCAGAGGACAAACUCGGGAAAUUGCAUCAAUUGGAAAUGGACCAAUUACUGCAGGAUCAAGACAAAAAGCGGGAAGCUGAAUUAGCUGCGCUCAGAGUGGAAUUGAACCAAGAGUAUGAAGCAAAGAUUCAACAUGUGCAUGCCGAAUACACUCAAAAACAAGAGCAAUCUAAACAGGAUCAUGAGCUGGCUUUACUGGCUCAAAAGGAGGAUUUCACCAAGGCAUUGAACAAUGAAAAAGAGCUGCAGGAAGCCUUUAAAAAAGAACAAGAAUCUAUUGUAUCUGCAUUAAAGCAACAAAUCCAGGACUUGCAAGAAGCUCAAACCAACAGCCACAUGAGAAAGAUCCAGAGUGAGCUGGAUGCCACGACUGCUGCAUUGGAAGAGGUGAAGCGUCAAUCGCAGCACACGGCUGAAAUGCUUGAGAAGAGAUACCGAGAAGAAAUUCGACAGCUGCAGAAUGGCAGCGAUGAUACUGCACAAGCAUGGCUGGAGAAGACUAGAAGCGCGCAACAAGAGUUGGACCAAUUGCAUGAUCAGAUACAGAACAAGGACCAGCUUCAUGCACAAGCCAUGGAUGCACUUAAACAAGCACAUGUGCAAGAAAUGGAUCAGUUGAGCGAAGCAUGUGAGAACAAGGAGACGCAGAUUGAGGAGCAAUCAAGCCAAAUUGAGGAUUUGCUAUACCAAGUAGAGACGUUGCAGAACUCGCUGGAAGCAGCUACUGUUCGGCUGGAGCACACGGCUAAAUCCACCCCAACGACCUCCAGCAACAGAGACGAUAUCAAUGAUGCAGCGAAGCCACAUCAACCCAUCAAGAACAUGCACCAAGACUGUCUGGACCGUUUGGAAGUCAAGCAAAAGGAACUCGAAGACUUGAAAUCAAGAUUGGCAGACAUCAAGGAGACACACGAGAACCAAAUGAACAGGAUGGCGCAAGAGAAAGCCAAUGCUUUGCAGGAGUUGAGAAAGAAGGUCACCAGCUUGGAGCAAAAGCUAGCAGCAACUACACCUCCCAGUUCGCCCACACGGCCCAACAGCACUGUCAUAGUGGGUAGCGGCGUGCUGAACGAAGAGCGCUUGAUACGUAUUGCAGAGCAGCAUCGCCAGGAACUCAAGACCAUGCAUGAGCAGUACCAAAUUGUGGUGGACACCAAAGACAGAGAGCUGGAAGACUACGCUUACCGUGUCAAGGCACUCGUAGCAGCCAAGCAGAAAGACAUGGAGAAGCUGCAAGUAGAAACCAACAAUACGAUUGACAAAUACGAGCGAGAUAUUGAAGGAUACGAGGCUAAAAUUGUCGAAUACGAGAGAGAGUGCAGCAAAUUACAAGACAGAGUGACGCAUUGGGAAACCAUCUCAAACAACAGCAAUGCUCUCUUGCAAGACAUGAAGAGGGGCUGCACUGCACAUGUGGAUGAGAAUGCUCAGCUCAUAAGGCUUGUGAAUCAAUUGCAAUCUGAAAUUCAUCGCUCAUAA